CUGAUAUUUGGAAUAGCAGCGUUCUAUAGCUGCUAUUGGACUGAAGCGUGUAAGUUAGAAGUGAUACAGGAGCUGGAAGAAAUAAACAGAACUCUUUUUUCUCAGUAAAAUGACCGAAGCCGAAAACGAAAAUGGUGAUAUUGAAAAUGCAGCAAAGAUAAAGAAAAACGAAUAUCAAAAUGAAGUCAAGAAAUCUAAGCGAAAGUAUCCUGGCUUUCGGAAAAAUCUCCUAGAUUAUUUUCAAGAAUUCACUGGUAACACAGGCGUCCAUGGUUUUAAAUAUAUGGGAGAACAGGAUAGGACGUUAUGUGAAAAAUUUUGGUGGGUUAUCCUCUUCUGCAUAUCACUAUACGUUUGUAUAGAUCUCAUUAUCAAAACCUGGACGAAAUGGGACCAAUCACCUGUAUUGGUGAGUUUUGCAAAAAGUCCCACACCUGUCUGGCAGGUCCCCUUCCCAGCCGUUACAAUUUGUUCAGAAACUAAAACAAGGCAGACGGUUUACAACUUUACAAACGCUUUUGAUCAAUUCAUCCAUGGAGAAAAUAUGACAGUUGAAGAAAUGAAACGUUUUUCUGACAGCAGUUUAAUAUGUGAUAAUCACUUAUAUAAUGAAGGAGAAAAAUUUACCAAAGUGGAUACAAUUGAUUAUCUUAUGAGUGUUGCACCACAGUUUAAUGACGUAUUUUUUUCAUGUAAAUGGACACUUCUAAAUGAAAGUUGUGAGAAUUUAUUUACUCCAAUAUUAACCGAAGAAGGGUUGUGCUUUACGUUUAAUAUGUUAGAUAGAACUGAACUCUUAAGAAACAAAGUGCACAUACAAGGCGACUAUAUGUCACAUGGUUCUCACUCUGAAGGCUGGACAUUAGGGGAGGGAUACCCGAAACAUUCCAAAAAAGAUACUUUCCCUCGAAGGGCAAUGUCCGCUGGUUAUUCGGCUGGUCUAUUUUUAGUUUUAAAGGCUAGUACACCAGAUUUGGAUUAUAUUUGCAAAGGCCCUGUUCAAGGAUUUAAGAUUCUUCUUCACCAUCCAGCCGAAGUGCCCCGAGUAUCCAGGCAGUUCUUCAGAGCUCCUUUGGACCAAGAAGUCGUAGUUUCAGUUCGACCUGAUAUGAUGACGACAUCAGAAGGUUUACUUAGUUAUAAUCCUCAAAGGCGACAGUGCUACUUUCCGUCAGAGCGAUACUUGUCGUUCUACCAGAGUUAUACGCAACAAAACUGUCAAAUAGAAUGUUUAACUAAUUUUACUCUAGCUAAGUGUGGCUGUGUUGCUUAUCAUAUGCCUCGUGAAAAGCACACUAAAAUAUGUGGUUCAGGCAGCCAGGUGUGCAUGUUUCAAGCUCAAACUAAAUUGUUAGAACUUGAAGUGGAUUCAGGUUUGAAAAACAUGUAUUAUGCCCUUAACCAAUCUAUAUCAACUUGUGAUUGUCUUCCGGCAUGUACUUCUCUAACUUAUAACGCCGAAUUUUCUCAAGCCAAAUUCGAAUGGAAAAAAUUGUUUCAAGCCUACAGAGUUAACAUCAGCGGUGAAUUUCCAGGAAUACAAAUGACUAGAUUAACGUUCUUUUUUAAAGAACAGCAGUUCAUAACAUCAGAAAGAAACGAAUUGUAUGGACAAACAGACUUUCUCGCCAAUUGUGGUGGUAUUUUAGGACUUUUCACUGGAUUUUCGUUUUUGUCAAUAGUAGAAAUUUUAUAUUUUCUAACAUUAAGAUUGAUGUGUAAUGUUAAACAUUAUGGAAGACAUUAUUGGUCGGGAUCCCCCAGAUUAGUUGAAGAUGAGGACUAUGUACAUCCGAAGAGGCGCCAGUAGUUUUUUUGCACCAACUUAAGUGUAUAAAACUGGAAAUAAAUUCCAAUAGGUAAUCGGACAUGUGGUGGUCGAAAUAAAGCAGAGAGUGACUUAAGGAUUAGAGCAUUACCGUAUUGGCCAAAAAUGGCUCGCAUUACAUUGCCCCUUUCUUAGUAGAUAGUACCUACUGGAUAUCUUACGAAAG